GGGACAGUUUAACUAUCUUUGGGUUCCUUUGUGAACUGUGAAGUAACAGGCUUCCUGGUUUUCUGAUGUAUGUACUUAAAGCUAUAGACUCCCCUCAUAGGACUGUAUGUUUUUGUGUCUCAAAGGUUUUGUUGUCUUUGGAUUUCUUUCUUGAUUUCCUCCUUAGCCCAUUCGUCAUUCAAUACUGAGUUGUUUAAUGUCUGUGAGUUUGCAUACUUACUGGAGAUUUCUUUGCAGUUGACUUUAAGUUUCACUGCACAGUAGACAGGUAAAAAUCCAUGGAGUUAUUUCAGCCUUUCAGAAUUUGGAAAGCUUUGUUUUAUGUCCCAGGAUAUGAUCUGUUUUUGAGAAGCUUCCAUGGACUGCUGAGUAGAAUGUAUAUUUUGUGAUACUUGGAUGGAAUAUUAAUGUUUCUUUAUUUCUUAUCCGGAUGACCUGACUAUGCGAGACAGUCAGCUAUUAAAAUUACCUAGUGGGGUUGGGGAUUUGGCUCAGUGGUAGAGCGCUUGCCUAGCAAGCGCAAGGCCCUGGGUUCGGUCCCCAGCUCCGAAAAAAAAGAACCAAAAAAAAAAAAAAUACCUAGUAACUGGAUUAGUGUUAAUCUGUGUCUUUAAUUCCACUAGUGUGCUUUUUAAAGAUAAACACACACACAUAUGAGUUUAUAGCCUGCAUAUAUAUGCAUGUCUGAUACCUGUGAAGGUCAUAAGAGGGUAUUGCCUGGCACUGUAGGUACCAUGGAACUGGAGUUGUGGGUGGUUGCGAGCCACCAUGUAAGUUCUGGGAACCAGCCUCUGGUGCGCUUUUUAUAGAAUUGGGAGCCCCAGAGUCUGUUGCACAUCUUUAGGGUUGUAAUAUCAUUUUCGUUAACUGUUCCCUGGGACUCACCUAUUGCAUUGUUCACCUGCAGCCUGCACCUUUCCUCACCGGGUUGUAGUUUUCUUGUUCAUCUAACUGAUACAGAGAGGAGACUCUCCUUCCGCAAGUCAUGGUGCUUCAGAUUGGGGAACUCUGCGUUGUUUUUCUCCCUAGUUUCUUUCUUUCUUUCUUUCUUUCUUUCUUUCUUUCUUUCUUUCUUUCUUUCUUUCUUUCUUUUUUUUCAGAGCUGGGGACCGAACCCAGGACCUUGUGCUUCCUAGGCAAGCGCUUUACCACUGAGCUAAAUCCCCAACCCUUCUCCCUAGUUUAUUAAGGCCGUCAACUUUGAUUUUUCUGAGCUACCAACCACAGCCACUCUCUUUCGUCAGUUGCCUCGUUUUCAUCCUGUACAUAAGCAAACUAGGGCUGACUCUCCCUGCCCUCCGGUGAAGCAUAGGCUCAUAGCCAUAAUUUAAAUGGCCACACCCAUUUCUUAUGGUCUUAAAUUCAAAACUUAACUAUGGUCUCAAAGUAGUAAAGUUGUUGUUGUUGUUUUCUAUUUUAAUGGAUAGCUUGAUAUCUGCUAGUGGAAAGGGGAAAUACAAGGCAUGUUUCCAAAUGUCAGGGUUUUUAAAUUUUAUAUUAAAGAGAUUAUGGUUUAUGGCACCAUUGUAGAAUGCCAUCUAUGUGAUAAAUCAGCUCUUUACAUUUGAGUCGGUUAAAUACAGUUAACCUUUUCUGGGAUCUCUCUCUCUCUCUCUCUCUCUCUCUCUCUCUCUCUGUGUGUGUGUGUGUGUGUGUGUGUGUAUGUGCAUGUGCGUGCACUGUAUGCUUACACAUACAAUUAUAUUUGGAAGUUGUACUGGCUGGUUUGUGUGUCAACUUGGCACAAGGUGCAGUUAUCACAGAGAAAGGAGCCUCCCUUGAGGAAAUGCCUCCAUGAGAUCCGGCUGUGUGGAAUAUUCUCAAUUAGUUAUAAAGGGUGGAGGACCCAGCCCAUUGUGGGUGGUGCCGUCCCUGAUCUGCUAGUCCUGGGUUCUAUAAGAAAGCAAGUUAAGGGUUGGGGAUUUGGCUCAGUGGUAGAGCGCUUGCCUAGCAAGCACAAGGCCCUGGGUUCGGUCCCCAGCUCCGAAAAAAAGAACCCCCCCCCCAAAAAAAAGCAAGUUAAGCAAGCCAGGGAAGGCAAUCCAGUAAGCAGCACUGUUCCAUGGUCUCUGCAUCAGCUCCUGUCUCCAAGUUCCUGCCCUGUAUGAGUUCCUGUCCUGACUUCCUUUGAUGAGGAACAGCAAUGUGGACGUUUAACUCGAAUAAACCCUUUCCUCCCCAUGCUUCAUGGUCAUGGUGUUUUGUACAGGAAUACAAACCCUGACUAAGACAGAAGUCAAAGGACAAUCUUUGUUGUUCACUCCUGCAUAGUCCAGGCUAACUGGCCAAUCAGCUUCCAGGGAUUCUCCUGGCUCUACACGCCCUCCUGUUGUAGGACCUUGGACACUGAACCACAAGAUUUGUUUUCCAUUGCUGGAUUUUGGUUUUCUUGCUUUGAUUUUAUUGUAAUUAUGCCUUGAUUCUACCUGUAAAGUAAGAAAGCAUUUAAACUUUAUUUUUGAUUUUGUAAGUUUCCACAGGAAAAAUUAUAAAUAUGCCUUACCAUCUCUGGCUCUGCUUGAAUUCUGGCAGUUCAGACUCAGGCUUGCACAGUGGAUGCUUUACUGAGCCAUCUCCUAGACCGUCCAUGAACUUUUCUUUCCUUAUACAUCCCUCCACGCUUCCCUGUUCCUCCCCACCUUCCCUCUCCCCCACAUCCAUUCUUCCUCCAGAAAAUAGCUGGCUUCCCAGGGACAUUGACCAAACACAGCAUAACAAGAUACAGUAAGACUAGGCACAACUCCUCAUCAUGUCAAGGCUCAAUGAGGCCUCCCAGUAGGAGGACAUGGGUUCCAAGAGAUGGCAAAAGAGUCAGAGACACACCUGCUCCCACUGUUUGGGGUCUCACAAACCACCAAGCAUAACAUAUGUGCAGAGGAGCGAGUGCAAACCCACGCAGGCUCUGAAAUUACUGCUUCAGUCUCUGUGAGCCCCUAUGAGCCCUGCUUAGUUGAUUCUGUGGGCUGUGUUCUCCUGGUAUUCUCAACCCCUCUGGCUCCUGCAAUUCUUCCUCCCCCUCUUCCAGGGGUCCCCUUAACUAGAAAAUGAAGAUCUCCAAUUUGGGCUGUCUGCCUGAUGUUUGGCUUCAAGUCUCUGUAUCUGUUCCCAUCAGCUGCCAGAGGAAGUCUCUUUGAUUAUACUUAACCAGGCACCAACCAUGAUCUAUUCUUAACCAAUCUGCUAACGUUAUUUUAGAUAGUGGAGUAUGUUAAUUAGCUUUGCAAUUAACCCGAGUAACUAUUACAAUAUACCCGAGAACGUUUUUGUGAUGGUUAGUCUCCUAGUUAGGUUGACAUAAUUUGGAAUCAUCUCGGAAACAUACCGCAGAGGAGUGUCUCUGAGAGUAUUUGUAGAAAGGUGACUAAGGAACGAAUACCCACUCUGAAUCUGUGUGGGACCAUUCUUAGUUUCUUUUCAGGUUGUUAUCAGGAAGUUCCCUGCUGAAGAACAGAAGGGCUUAACUCACAAUUCAAGAUAUAAUUCUUUCUCAUGCAGAAGUCACUUGAGGCAGCUGAACAAAUCACAUCUGAAGUCAGAAGAAGAAUGUAGUGAAUGCGGGCUAUGUUCUGCCAUUUUCUCCAUUUCAUACAACCCAGAGUCCCCUGCCCAGAGGAUGGUCACCGACAAUGAAAAUGAAUCAUAUCACAUCAGUGAACAUAAUCAGAAUAAAUCCCUCCAGGUGUGCCAAGAUGCCCAUCCACCCAACACCGACCGUUACAUAUAAACAUGAUCUGGGAUCCCAGGCUGAAUGAAAAAGGAAAAAGGAAGAGUUCAAGUGGAAACCAGCAUUCCCUGCUCUGUUUUCUGAUCUUCGCCAAUUUGGAGUCCCUACUGCACGAUCCUACCCCCAUGACUUCUGCCAUGACCUCCCCCCAGUGAUAGGCUCUACCCUUUCAAGACUUGAUCCAAAGUAAACCUUACUUCUCGAGACUUGCUCUUUACUCACAGUGUUGAGGAAAGUCAUUUAUACAAAGUUGAAAGGGCUCUGUGACCUUUGAAGAUGUGGCUGUAAACUUCACUGUGGAGGAAUGGGCUUUACUGGGUCCCUCCCAAAAGAAGUUACACAGAGAUGUGAUGGAGGAGACCUUCAGGAACCUGGCUGCCAUAGGAAAAACACAAGAAGACCAGAACAUAGAUGAUGACCAUAGAUAUUCUAGAAGAAAUCAAAGAAAUGGAGUUGUGGAAAGACUGUUGGAACACCGCAAAGGCUGUGAGUGUAAAGCAAUCUUCAGACAGAUUCCGGACACCACAGGAAACAGGAAAACUUCUCACAGGACAGUGCUUUGUGAAAACCAUGUGUACAAGGACAACAUGCUCAUCAGUCACGCAUCUCUUAAUGUAUCUGUACCUCUUCAGACUGCACACAAACCUCCCGCCUAUGAGCUCUGUGGAGAGAACCUGUAUACAUUUGGAGAAUGUGAGAAAGCCUUCAUUUAUCCAGAAUGCCUUCUGAAGCAUGAAGACAGUGACAGCAGACAGAGAUCCUGUGAGUUUAACCAGUGUGGGAAAAUCUUCAAAAGUAGUGAUCACAUUCAAAUGCGUGUUAGUGAUGAAACUAGGGAGGAAAUGUGCAUAAGUAAGCAGCAUGGCGAUGCCUUUCCUUACCCUGAUUUUCUUCAGUAUGUUGAAAAGAUCUACACUGGGAAAAAACCCUAUGCAUGUAAACAAUGUGGGAAAACCUUUUCUUUUUUGAGCAACAUUAGAAGACAUGAACGAACUCACACUGGAGAGAAGCCGUACAGAUGCAAUACAUGUGAUAAGGCUUUCACUUGUUUGACUAACUUUCAAGAACAUGAAAGAACUCACACUGGAGAGAAACCCUAUUUAUGUACACAAUGUGGUAAAGCCUUUUCUUUUCUGAGUAACAUUCGGAGACACGAACGAACCCACACUGGAGAGAAGCCGUACAGAUGUAAUAUCUGUGGUAAGGCUUUCAGUUAUUUGACAAACUUUCAAGACCACGAGAGAACUCACACUGGAGAAAAGCCUUACGUGUGUACGCAGUGUGGGAAAGCUUUCACUUACUACUAUUCCUUUCAGACACAUAAACGAUGUCACACCGGCGAAAAGCCUUAUGUAUGCAAGCAAUGUGGGAAAGCCUUCAGUUAUUACAAUUCCAUUCAAACACAUAAGCGUUGUCACACCGGAGAGAAGCCCUAUGUAUGUAAGCUGUGUGAGAAAGCCUUCACUACCCUCAGUUCUCUUCGAUAUCAUGAGAGGAUUCACAGUGGCGAGAAGCCCCAUGUAUGUUUGCAAUGCGGGAAAGGUUUCAAUUCUUCUAGCACCCUCCGAAUUCAUGAGAGAACUCACACUGGAGAGAAACCCUAUAAAUGUAAGCAGUGUGGGAAAGUCUUCAGUGUUGACAGUUCCCUCCGAUGCCACGAAAGGAUUCACAGUGGGGAGAAGCCCUAUGUAUGUAAGCAGUGCGGAAAAGCCUUCACUCGUCAUACCUCCCUUCGGUGCCACGAAAGGAUUCACUGUGGGGAGAAACCCUAUAAAUGUAAGCAAUGUGGGAAAGGUUUCAUUUCUUCCAGUAACUUUCGAAAACAUGAGUGGACUCAUUCUGGAGAGAAACACUGUGUAUGUAAAUUGUGUGGUAAAGCCUUCACGGGUCAUAGUUCACUUCGACGCCACGAAAGAAUUCACAGUGGAGAAAAGCCCUAUGUAUGUAAGCACUGUGGGAAAGGUUUCUCUUCUUUGAGUGGCUGUCAGAGACAUGAACAAAUUCACACUGGUGAGAAACCCCAUGUAUGUAAGAGUUGUGGGAAAGCCUUUACUAAUCCCAGUGCCCUCCGAAACCAUGAAAGGAUUCACAGUGGUGAAAAGCCCUGUAUAUGUGAGCAGUGCGGGAAGGGUUUCAUUUCUUUUAGUAAGUUUAGAAUACAUGAACGGAUUCACACUGGAGAAAAACCGUACAAAUGUAAGCAAUGUGGAAAAGCCUUCACUGGUCACAGUUCCCUUCGACGUCAUGAAAGGAUUCACAGCGGGGAGAAACCUUUUGUAUGUAAACAGUGUGGGAAAUCCUUUUAUACUUUAAGUGAUUGUCAAAGACAUGAACAAAUUCACACUGGUGAGAAACCUUUCAUUUGCAAGCAGUGUGGGAAAGCUUUUACCCGGUCCAGCUCCCUUAAAAUACAUGAGAAGACUCACAGUAGAAGAAAUUCCUAAGUGUAGAACACGUCAUUCUUAGCAUGACAGUGCGUAGGGCAGAGAACCAGGGCCAUGUUGUCUGUAGGAAUGCCUCUAGUCAUCUUGGUGGUAGUCACAAACAUAAUAGCUCAUACCAUAGCGGGAAGUUCCCACAUGAUGUCAAGAGAGACACAUACCUUAAACGGAUGUAUAUAGAAGUCUUCAGUUGGCCAACCUCUGAGAAGGUACCCAGUAUCAAAAGUUGUUUAACAAAGUUAUCAAAACAGUUCACAAAGCUUUAUGAAAACCCCUGAAGUAACAGAAUUCAUUAGUCCUUUUUAAGAUCCCAGUGAAUAAACAUUAAAUGGUCAGUAAUUCACAAGAUAAAUCUCUAGAAUGUUUACUUCUAAUUUUGUAAAUAAAUUUUCAGGUGACCUAAUCUCUGAGCGUCUUUAAGCAGGAAGGUGUGGAUUUAAUGGGCUGUGUCUUUACACAUCAUGUCUAUUCCUUCUCUUCUUGUGUUGGAUACAUAGAUGUAUCCCUGAUAUGUUUUUAGAGUAAUGUUAAUGAGCUGUUGAAAAAUGAAGUUUUAUUUUUAGGCCUUCUCUAUUGAUAUCAUGUGGGAGCUUCUUUUUGAUAUUUUUGUUUUUGCCUUAUUUUUGUCUUGUUGGAUUUUCUUUUGAGAUGGGGUUUCUCUGUGUAGCCAUGGCUAUCCUGGUUCCAUAGACCAGGCUGGCAUCAAACCUUGAGAUCUACCUGUCUCUGCUUCCCAAGUGCUGGAAUAAAGGUGUGUGCCACCAUGCUGGGCUUUAUCUUUGAUGUUUAUAUUGUAUCUUUUCUAUUCUUUUCAUUGUUGCCAAAUACUUGAAACAACUUAAUAGGUGGAGAAUGUCUUCCCUUUGACUCAUAGUUCAUCAUGGCAAGAAAGUCAUCAAGUGCAGGAGUUCAUAUCACUUUGUGGACUCAAACAAAAUGAGUAUGCAUUAUAAGAAGGAACCAGGGGUUGGGGAUUUAACUCAGUGGUAGAGUGCUUGCCUAGCAAGCGCAAGGCCCUGGGUUCGGUCCCCAGCUCCGAAAAAAAAGAAAAAAAAAAAAAAAAAAAAAAAAGAAGGAACCAGUAGACCAUUUCACAAGAACAGUUUUUCCCAAUGACCUGCUUCCUCCAGUUAUGCCCUAUCGCCUGCAUUUCACCUCUCCCAACUGUACCUCAUGAACAUAAGCAGCAGUUAGUCCUUUGGUUGGGCUAAUCAUUUCUGGAAAUGACAAGGCAUAGUUGUGCUACUUGAACCCUAGCAUCUCACAGUGAACUCCAGUUGAUUGAUCAGAUGGCAUUUUAUAUUUGAUGUUUUAUACUUUGAUAUGUUUUCUUGAAGACUUUGCACAUUAGAGUUCUAAAAGUUCCGAACUAUUUUGGCCAAUUUACAGAUUAUCAAAUGAAAAGAUAACGUGCAAAUAUCCUCCCAUAAUCACAAGGUAGAUAGCCUAGGACCUUUACUGUCAAGUCAUUGUCGUGUGCUUUCAAAUAAUGCUUACACCUUUAUUCAUGUGUUAAUUUCGUCUCAGGCUUGUAACUUUUUUGUCACUUGAGCUUUAUACACAUAGUUUAAUGCCUUUUUACCAGAGACCGCAGGGGCCUUACUUUUUGUGGAUUAAUGUCGAACGAAUUAUGCCUCUAAAUCUGUCUGUAACCAUAAGUAACCAUGUGUUUUGUUAUUAAAAUCACUUUUCCCCUUUUUA